GAGGAGAAAUCAUUACAGAUUCUAAAAAUGUUUUUGUCUUUUCUAUGGACAUAAUGUAAAGCUUACUUUUGUUUCUGUUCAGACUUGCUUUCUAAAACUCUACGCCAUAUCAGGCACAAAAAAUUGGGAUCAUUAAACCCCAGUUGUGGAAAUGAGUUGUGGAAAUGAGUUUGUCGAGACGUUAAAAAAAAUCGGUUAUCCCAAAGCUGAUAUUCUUAAUGGAGAAGAUUUUGACUGGUUGGUUGAGACUGUUGAAAAUGAAUCGUUUUUGAAGUGGUUUUGUGGGAAUGUGAAUGAACAGAACGUAUUGUCUGAAAAAGAAUUGGAAGCUUUUCGCGUUCUUCAAGAAUCAGGCAAGCCCAUCCUAGAAGGGGCGCCAUUGGAUGAAGUCCUUAAGACCUGUAAAACUUCUGAUUUGAAGACACUUAGACUGGAUAACAAAGAGCUGGAGAAAUUAGAGGAUGAGGUUCAAACUCUGCAGAAAUUAAAGAACCUAAAAAUUCAGCGACGUAAUAAAUGCCAGGUGAUGACGUCACUAACUAGCCACAGAUCUUUGAGGUUAAAUGCUAAAGACAAAGCCACUAAAAAACUGAAGCAGAGUCAAGGAAUUCUAAAAGCAAUGACUACUAAGGUCAAGAAUGAACUUCAGGCUCUUACUGAUGACGUUACAAAAUUGAUGAUGUUCUUCAGAUGUUCUAAUUUAGGUCAAGGGACAAAUCCACUGGUGUUUUUAUCUCAGUUUUCCUUGGAAAAAUAUUUAAGCCAGGAAGAGCAAAGCACAGCAGCAUUAACUUUAUAUACCAGAAAGCAGUUCUUUCAGGGUAUACAUGAAGUAGUUGAAAGCUCAAAUGAAGAAAAUUUUCAGCUAUUAGACAUACAAACACCAUCUACUUGUGGUAAUCAAGAAAGUUUUGAGGAGAGACAACUAGAGAUGGCUAGGCUGCAGCUAGCAUACAUUUGUGCUCAGCAUCAGCGAAUUCACUUGAAAGCGAGUAACUUAAGCAUGAAGUCAAGUAUAAAAUGGGCAGAGGAGAAUCUCCAGCGCCUAACCAGCAAGGCUGAUGGUGAAGAAAAUUUGGAUGCUAAAAUUUCUAGCUUGAACAGUGAGAUUAUGAAGCUUGAAGAACAAAUCACUCAUAUAAAAAACAAAAAUUUGCCUGCUGUGGUAAAAGAGAAUGCCCAGUUAUUGAACAUGCCAAUUGUAAAGGGAGAUUUUGAUCUGCAGAUUGCUAAACAAGAUUAUUACACAGCAAAGCAAGAGUUAGUUUUAAAUCAGUUGAUAAAGCAAAAGGCAUCAUUUGAUCUUCUACAGUUAUCAUAUGAAAUUGAACUGAGAAAGCAUUGGGACAUAUACCGACAACUUGAAAAUUUGGUUCAAGAAUUCAGACAAAGUAACAUGAUGCUUUAUCAGCGAUUAGAAAUAUUAACAGAUCCAUCAGUCUCUCAGCAGAUAAAUCUAAGGAAUACCAUUGACACUAAGGAUUACUCUGCUCAUAGGCUUUAUCAACUUUUAGAAGGAGAGAAUAAGAAAAAAGAAUCGUUUCUAACUCCUGGAAACCUGGAGGAAGUAGCUGAGAAAUUGAAACAGAAUGUUUCUUUAAUGCAAGAUCAACUGGUAAUAUCUGUUAAAGAACAUUCUUUCUUUCUAUCCAAACUGAAUAAUGAUGUGGACAUGCUUUGUGAUGCUUUGUAUCAAGGAGGAAAUCAGCUUCUGCUUAGUGAUCAGGAGUUAAUGGAACAAUUUCAUCAAGUUGAAUUUCAGCUGAAUAAGUUAAAUCAUCUUCUUACUGAUAUUCUUGCUGAUGUGAAGACAAAAAGAAACAUUUUGGCAACUAAUACAUUAUAUCAAAUGGAAAGAGAAUUAUGUUUAAAAGAUGAAGAUUAUCUGAAAGAUAUUGUGGAGACUUUAAAAAUGCAAUCAAAGUUUAAGGCUGUUGAUCUUAAAGAUUGAAAAUUAGUAAAAAUCUUUACUACACAUGUUACAUAUAUUAGGAGGAGAUUGUAAUACAUAUUAUUAAAUUUUUUAAUUU